AUGUACGCCGUCCUCCGCCAAGCUUCAUGCUUCGUUUCUGUUUGCACGGGCAACAACCAGCGUACUUUCCGACGGGGGCCAGUAGCUCUCAGCCCGUUUCCUAGCAGAACAUCAGCACAAUCUUUCUACAAUACAUACGGUUCUGAGCAUGCUGCCCGUUUCUACAACCGACCUCGGGAAGUCAAAGAACUUGUCAUUCGAUUGAAAGAUGAACCCACUUUCACGGUCCUGCUAGGACCACCCAGCUCGGGGAAGACCGCACUCGCUCGAGCCGUUACAUCCCUACGCCGCGCGGAUCAAACCCCUGAGUUUCAUCCAUUAACAAUCGAUCUCCGUGCAGCCGACACUAUGAAAAACGGCAGCUUUCUGAACGCUUUUCUGCUCCAAGGGCAACGUCAUGCGAUCGAAGGAGGCUGGUGGAAUAAAUGGCUCAGCGGGCUCGAAGUGUCGGCUGGUGGAGUCUCUGCCAAGUUUGGCAACAAAACGGUUUUCCCAGCUUCGGCAGGUAACAUCUUUGACGAUCUGGCAACGCAGCUUAAGCCAUGGGACCUUGUUCACGGCGGAAGACCCCCAAUAAUAGUAGUGGAUGAAGCAAACUUUUUUAAACGGAUUGAGGACGACGCGUUCCUUGACUUUGCCGUUCGAAUCACGAAACAGGAAAUGAAGAUGCACAUCAUUUUCACGUCAUCCGACUCAUUCUUUGUGAAUUGGCUCCAAAUAUUCAUAUCACAGAGUAAUCUGUGA